AUUUUAGGUUGGGAACUUAUAUUUGAAUGGGAUAGCGAUUUUCUUAGUAUAUUUCGUCCCGCGAGAUGACAAAACGUCGCCUUGACGACUUGCAAACAGAAAAUGCGGCCCCAGAGAAGCGAAUGCGUACUGAUGAUUCCAGCAAGAAAGAUCUCCUUUCAAGACUGAGCGAUGAACUCAUACUUCAUAUCCUGAGUUUUCUACCUACGCAGUCGCUGGGUUUUUGCCAGAGAUUGUCGCAUCGAUUUUAUGGACUCGCGGGUGAUUCGGAACUAUGGAAGCAGAAAUACUACUCGCGUUGGGUGUGGCCUCGGACCCGUCGUAUUCGUCAUCUCAAGGACUCCGGCCUUGCUUCCAACGUCACUUCCAAGCCUGCCGGUUACAUCCCAAGGCCGUCGAGAUGGAUUAGUCUUGAGCAUUCAGCUAGAAAUUUAGAAAAUAUCGAUUGGAAGAAACAGUAUCGUCUGCGGUAUAACUGGUCCAAGGGAUCGUGCCGGGUCACUGAAGUCGAAGUCGCACCACCAUCGGUCCCACCGGUAUUAGUGAAGUUAUGCAAAGGGAUCGUGUUCACGGCUGAUGCGGGAAAUGGGCUUCGCGCGUGGACUACUACUGGGGACACGAAAUUGUGCCUGGCUAAAUUGUCAUUUUCUACUGUAAAAGAAUGGGACGGCCCCCGUAUCACACCCACAUCGAUUACCGUGACGCCAGGAGGUGACACGGAAGGCGAUUUCGAUGUCACCGUCGGGUUCGAGGAUGGGAGCUACAACGUAUAUUAUUUCAACUGUGACAGUGCACGUUUUUGUUUCCGAUUCUCACAUCCCACAUCGCCUAACGGGGCCAUUACUGCUCUUGCAUCCUCAUCCUCCUAUCUCCUUACGUUAUCCCAGAACCAAACGCUAUCUCUCUACCGGAUUUGUUCUUCGGGAAGGAUGGGGGAAGAACGAGAGCACACCACGGAGUUGCCGAAACUAAUCGCCUCCCUUAAAGCCAGCAACAUAUUCGCUCCACUUUCUCUAUCCAUCCGGUCCUUAGCGACCGAAAUCGUCGCAUCCAUAGCCUACAGCUUCUCCCGCAUAGGUUGCGGAUGGUCAGUUGGGAUACAGGAACUCCGGCUAAACCAUGAUGGCGAGAAUCUAGGGUCCCGACUUGCAACGACUGUCGACAUCCAAUUCUGCGCUAACCUCUUUAACCCCUCGACCAAGAUACUAAAUACCGCCGGCAAAACUCAUCACAACAAAAUGAUGAGCGUCGCAAGCCCCAUCCAUAGAAAUAACAGGAAAGCUCGAUCCAUUACCACCACACCUUCCUCGGUGCCCCAUAGCCCGUCUCUCUCCUACACACGUCCUCCCACCUCCAUCUCGUACAGCCAUCCAUAUCUCCUCACCUCUCACGCCGACAACACGUUGACAAUGUACCUAGUCGUCUCCACCGCCAAUGCUCUCACGAUCAAAACAGGUCGUCGUCUCUGGGGCCAUACGUCCUCCGUAUCUGGCGUGCAGGUGAGUGAGCGCGGGAAGGCUGUCUCUGUCAGCUCUCACGGCGGAGAGAUUCGUAUUUGGGACUUGGAGGAUAUGAUAUCACUAUCCUCGUCGUCAUUGUCGUCGUCGUCUUCAUUUUCCUCGGCACGGAUGUUGCACAGGGAUGACAGUGUUCAGCUCCGCGCUGAAAAUGAAAAUGGUAAUGAAAGUGAAAACCACGGGACGGGCACGGGGUGGUGGAGAAGGCGGUGGCUCCAACAACCUUUAGAACUAGUUCUCGAAGCCAUUGAAAAACGCGGGGAUGGACUGGGACUUGCGCUGAAGGAUUUGUCGAGAGAGCUGACGUUGGCGGCCCGAGCAAGAGGAUGGGUGGGAUUUGAUGACGAACGGGUUGUGGUGCUUCGAGAGAGGGGGUUGGGGACACAGUUGUUGGGUUGUUACGACUUUACGUGAUAUUAGUCGAAUCGGUUAAAGUUUAUAUGAAUAGUUGAUAUAACUACAUCUGUCACGUCUGUC